AUGGGUGCGCCGAUUUACCUCACUCAUACGGUUAUCGUCCAAGUACUCCGUACACCCUACACUAAGGUAGACUCUCGCGCUUGCAGCAUUCGAUUGUUAACUGCUUUCAUUCUUCAACAGCCCAGCAUGAGACUCUCAUUAGGAUUGCUGGCUUCGUUGCCGGCGCUUGUUGCUUCACUUGCCUCUACCGAUUCGUACCGCGAUGCUGAUGCACCGCAAUCCGGAUACCUUCCCAAUCACAACUUGAACCCGAAUAUCGCAGGCUCUUCAGGGUUCAAGAGUUUAUGGACGUUCCAAUCUCCCAAUGCCAAGGAGAACUGGCUCGCCAAGCCCUUGGUCUACACGCCCAAUGGCGGAUCCGAGCUUGUCAUCACCGCCUCCGAGAUGAACAUCAUCCGUGUCUUUGACGGAAAGACUGGUAAGAGCUUGAUGGAGAGAACACUGCAAGCACCCUUCCUCGCCGCCGACAGCAACUGCGGCGAUAUCCCCGACUUCAUUGGCGUUACGGGAACCCCCAUCAUCGACCCCAACACCGAUAUCAUGUACCUCUUCUCAAAAGGCUACCGGGACGGAACUACCUCCGGUACCGCCAACGGAGUCUACAAGAUGUACGCCCUUCGGAUUCCUAGCCUCGAAGACGUCUCUGGCUUCCCGACUCUCAUUGACGGUAUCAAUGCCGACAACGACCGUGGCCGGUAUCUUGUUGGUGGUGUGGCCCUGCAGCGCCCAGCCCUGACGGAGCUGAACGGCCACAUUGUUGCUGCAUUUGGAUCACACUGUGGUCGCUGGAACUACACCGGCUACAUCGUCUCGGUCAGCAAGACUCCAGGCGUCGGUCCCGUGAGCAUGUGGGCGACGGAAGCAGCUCCCGGUGCACCUAGCCCCCAGGCUCUGGACCUUGCCAACGAAAGAAGCGGCAAGGCAGGCAUCUGGCAGAGUGGUAUGGGUCUGCCCACCAUCGGCAACAACGUCUACUUCGUGGCUGGUAACGGCCAGGGACACGCUAACGGCAAUGUUCCGGCGAGCGGCAGAAUUUCCAUGUCAACCCUCGAUGAGUGUAUCGUCAAGAUGGAGCUGUCGGCUACUGGUAAAUGGUCUCUCAUCGACUACUUCCAACCCUACGACUAUGUCGCGCUUGAUGCCGGUGACCGCGACGUUGGCUCUUCUGGUCUUGCCGUUUUGGACGGUUCUGUCUUCAAGGGCGCUGGUGUUAACCGCAUCGGCGUGACUGCGGGUAAGAAGGGCAGAACAUACGUUGUCAACGCUGACAACCUUGGUGGAUUCCGUCAGGCCGCAGACGGUGGUGAUGGUGUCUUGCAAACUAUCGAGCUUGGUGGCUCUCUGUAUGGCGGUUUUGGCAGUUACCCUGCUGAGGGUGGCUACAUCUACGCAACCACUGUCGGCGGUGCCCUUGUUGCUUACAAGCUCGGCUUCGACUCCAAGGGCGUGCCGCAGUUCAGUCUUGCUGGCCAGUCUUCCUGGAUCUCGGCCGGCCGUGUUGGUGUUGGCCAAAUGACAGUUACCUCCGACAAUGGCAAGGCUGGUUCCGGAAUCGUUUGGAUUACUGAUGUCAACACUGGUCUCAUGGCUUUCAAGGCUAUUCCUCAGGACGGUGUCAUGGUUCCCAUCACCCUUCCUUCGUCUCAAGGCACAAACAAGUACCAGCGUCCCGUUUUCGGCGACGGCCGAGUCUUCUUCCACGUCAACGCCAACAAGCUCGUCUGUUUUGGUGCGCCGGUCAACUCUGCCGUCAACUGCACCUCUCCUCUUGACUUUGGCUCCUUGGAACUUGGAUCUACCGCGAGCGCCACUGUCAGCUGCAAGGCCAAUGUCGCCUUGGCUGGUGUUGUUGGAUGUUCCGUCGCCGACGCGUCCUGGUCGUGCUCCAACUCGACUCUCCCCCAAGGCGCCGUAGCUGCGGGCACAUCCUUCAGCCUGAAUGUGACGUGGGAUCUCUCAAACACUGCUGCAAAGGUCGUACCCGGCUUCCUUACCAGUGCUAUCACACUCGCUGUCAACGCCUCGGCAGACUACGCCGCGAGCACUUUUGUGACAGUCCAGGGCACCGUCGUCAAGCAAGGAGCUUUCCUCAAGGCGACUCCAUCAGAUAUCACAUUCGGAAGACUCGUACUGCGCGAUUCACCCGAUGGUCUCACCGCCACUGCUCUCCUCCAGAACAUCGGCAAUGGCACCCUCACCUUUACUGGAUUUGCUUGGCAGGACACUGCUGGCACUUACACCAACUUCACCAACGACGGCACUCUGGGUGCUGGAUUCACUUCUUCCGGCUUUCCUGCUGUUGGUUCCACUUUGGACUCUGGAAAGAGUCUUUCGGUCCCUCUCCGUUUCUUCCAAUCCACUGCGGGCUCCUACUCCUCAAAGGUCGUCAUCUGGUCUAACGGUGGUUCCUCUGUCCUCACGUUGAGCGCCUCCGUCAACGAUGCUCCCGCUGUAACAUUCGAACUCUCCGACGGCGCAGGUAACUGGAACGCACUCACAGACUACAGCGUCGCCUUUGGCAAUGUUCUUGCUGGCACUUCGGUCGAUAAGCAAAUCCGAGUCUGCAACAAGGGUGGCGCGCCCUUGACAAUUACCAUCUCCAAGCCCCCUGCGACGCCUCAGUUGUUUGCUUUGAAUCCUACUGCCGAGCUUACCGAGGGAACACAGGUUGCUGCUGGUACAUGUGCCAUUGGCAGUGUCGGCAUUCACGCUGCGCCAGUCCAGCCCAACCAUCCGUCUCAAGCGCUCAAGGCUCUGUGGACCAUCAGCUCCGAUGGUAACGAUCCCAUCACUGGCCAAGCGUCUGGACUGUACAACAUCGCCUUCUCCGGCACCGUUGUCUCGAAGCAGGUCGGACCCCUCCUCACGAAUGGCACCGCGCGUUAUCAAUGGGUUGGAUGCUUCCAAGACACAAGCAGUGCCGGCCGUAACUUGCAGACUUCUGUCAACACGGCUGAUCAGCAAAAAACCAACACUCUCCAGCAAUGUCAAACUCUUUGCCUUGCCAAGGGUUACAUCCUCUCCGGAGUUCAAUACCAUCAAGAAUGCUGGUGUGGUGGAAGUAUCAAGACCCCUUCGACGUACCGAUCUGAGUCUCUCAACCUUUGCACCUUUGACUGCACAGGUGAUGAUACCCAGGCAUGCGGAGGUGAUGGCGGCCACAUGAGCUUAUACGCCGACAUUACUUCGUUCGACAUUGCCGGUUUCUACGCUUCUCUCAACGCUCCAAGCUCCAGCUCCAGCUCAUCGGUACCAGCUGCUACGAGCUCCAGCUCAAGCAUUGUGUCCUCUAGCAGUGCCGUCACUGUUUCGACUAGCUCUGCAAGCGGGUCUUCAUCCAGCAGCGCGAUCUCGAGCAGUUCCUCCGCGACAGGACUUUCUAGCAGCACGCCAGCCACAAGCACGGUGGCCUCAUCCACACUGACCUCUUCAUCGAGCACCUCAUCUUCCAGCCCUUCGUCUACAAUGGUCAUGUCGCCCAUCAACUCCGCCAUGCCAGCUGUCAUCAGUGGCCAGUGGCAGUACUCUGGCUGUUAUAAGGAUCUCAUCAACGGCACUCGCCUGCUGGCUGAAUCCUUCCUGGCUGCGGAUGACAUGACCUUGGAUAAGUGCGCCGCAUUCUGCAGCGCCGGCGCUUACAACGGAGGAGCCUUCAACUACUUUGGUGUCGAAUACAGCCGCGAGUGCUUCUGCGGCUGGGAUGUGAAGGCGUCGCAAACUUCUGCCUCGGAGUCGGACUGUUCUAUGCCAUGCGCUGGCUCAAAGACCGGUUUGUGUGGAGGAGGAGCUAGGCUGUCAGUCUACAGUAACACCAUCCCCAACAAGGCUCCCUCGGCUCCUCAGCACGCCCCUCAAGCCGGCAACUACAAGUUCUUGGGUUGCCAGACCGAAGGUAGCAACACUCGUGCCUUGACUGGCGCCUUCACUGCUGCGGAUACCAUGACUGUCGAGGCUUGCGCCACCUUCUGCUCUGCCGGCAACUGGCAGUAUAUGGGUGUCGAGUACGCCCGGGAAUGCUUCUGCGGCAAUACCACCAACGCUGGAUCCUUGCCGGCUGCCCUGACAGACUGCAACAUGGUCUGCAAGGGCAAUGCGCUUCAAUACUGUGGUUCUGGUGGGUGUCUUGACCUGUACACGUUCUCCCCAGCCAGCUCCAGCUCGUCUUCAAGCACUGUAGUAUCGACUUCCUCGACAAUCGUUAGCUCAUCAUCUGGUGUGGUGUCAACGUCGUCUAUUCAGACAACCUCCUCGAUCUUGAGCUCGAGCUCGAGCUCUUCUGCCUCACCGGUGUCAUCUUCAUCAACCAAUAUUCCGUCGAGCUCUUCCUCCGUUCUUCAACCGAGCAGCUCGGCAUCUUCUUCGUCAUCGGCUGCAUUCACGGGCCAGACUGCCAGCGAUACUUCCAGCUCGAGUGCAUUCACUUCAUCCUCUUCGUCGCCUAUUGUUACCAGCUCUUCGCAGGUUCCCAGCUCGUCCGUUCUCUCGUCAAGCUCUUCGUCUAGCUCUGUCGUGGCGUUCACAACCACAUCCAUCAGUAGCAGCUCAUCUGCAGCGCCGCCGACAUCCUCUUCCUCAACCAUUCCCGUACCCACCGUUCCCGCAUCAACCACGGCAAGCAGCUCUUCUCUCGCAAGCACUACUGCCGGUCCGACUGCCACCCCCACAAACGGCUACUACUACAUUGGCUGUUUCCAGGACACCGGUAAUGGGCACGCACUGCCCGGACUGUUUGCCAACAACAGCGGUACACCCGAACUUUGCAUUGGCUACGCCAAUUCACUCUUCAGCAACUCGCCGACCUCGACGACCAAGUUGCCGUACGUCUUCAUGGAAUACCACCACGAGUGCUACGGCGGUAGCAACUUCGAAUUCAACGGUGCUGCCGUUACGUCACUGGUCGGACGCGGUGCCUGCAAGGAUUACUGCUACGGCAGCGUUAGCACAUUCUCGACGAACGGUGUGCUUACGACUACCACUGCCACGAACAACUACUGCGGCGGACCGCGCAUGUUUGACUUGUACGCCCUGUCGACUGCAGUAGCCUGGCCUACAACUGGCGGGCCUCUAGUCACACAGACAGUAAACUGA